CACUUUUAAGUUUUAAGUAUCACUAAUCACUUUCCAAAAAAGUUAAUUUUUGACUUCGGACUUAGUUUGAGGUUUCAAAUUUUCAUACUGUCGUUUAGUCUUCAAGAUUUUAUGAUUUAUCGCACUUCAGUACGGGUGCGUCCUUUUGCAGAGCGAUUCUUAACACGACAUUCUCAAAUCUGCGUUUCUUUUUUUGCUUCGGUGGGAUCUUUUACUGAGUUUUUGGUCAGCACUUUGUGGUUCGUACAUGUUUGCCACUUUGUGAGUUUGCUUCCUGAUUCCUUGGACUUUGACAGUUGACAGUGUGGACUGUGGAGUUUCUGGCCUGUACGCUCAUUUCCUUGAUCUGACUCGAGCACCAUUUGAGCCUCUGCAUAUCGCGCGGAUACCAUGGCUGACGGGGACGACGUGAAAGCGGUCAAAAUCGAGGAUCCCGCGACGGAAUCCCCGAGUGAUAAACGGCUGAAGGAGCUCCGCCAGACCUUCCAUCCCAUGUUCGAGCCCUCCCUGACGAUCUCUGAUCAGCGCGGAGCCCACGAAGUGACGUUCCAGUUCCGCCACGAGGACCAUACCCUAUGCAAUCCCCUGCGCGAGGUGCUCAAUCAGCACCCGGGAGUGCUUCAUGUCGGUUACACCAUUCCCCAUCCGUCGGAGCACGUGGUGGACUUCAUCCUGCACGUUAAAGAAGGUUACACGUGUGCGGAAGUGAUGCGCGAUGGAUUCAACGUCCUUAUGAAUAUUUUUGACACCAUGGGGCGGCGAUUUGCGGAAGCGGUGUACAAAUAUAAAACGGAGAACGGCAUUCCGCUGGACAGCGAGGAUAUAGUUCCAGAACAAAAUUUAUAGUCUUCUAAUCUCGCAUAACGUUUGUAUUAUUCAGGAAGCACGAGUAUAGUGAUGGAUCUUUGUUACGAUAAUGAGGUUGCUGUUGAUGUUUUUAUUGAUUGUUUAACUUUGUCGACUUCCGCUGAUGGGUGAAAAUGGUUAAACACAUGAGAUGAAUACUACGGGAAAGCGU